CGCCUGGUAUACAUACUGCAACCAGGACUAGGUGUUUGAGCCCGUCAGUUUCAGCGCAACGAGUCGUUCCACCCAAAUCGAACGGCUUCUCUAAGAUCCUGAUCUACGUUCACAGCACAGACCAAAGUUAGAGCUGCACGUUUACAUAUCCUCCGUGCCCUGCAGCCUUAAACUCUUCACCUCCGUUCCUUCGACUCCUCAAGCGCUCGGAUCUGGACGCAAACAUUCAUUUCUUCGCUUCGUAUCUGGCUGGCCGGGUUAAACUUUGACUGAAUAACGUCCCUUCAGUCGAGGUUCUGUUUGCUUACUUUCUUUUAAUUGCAAUCUAAUACCCAAGCAUCACGGCCACGACCUCGUCUUUGGUGGAUAACAACAUAGAGAGAUACAGCCAUUGGUCCUCAGUAACACCGCCAACAUGGGAGCCGCACCAGCUGGGGACUCGUUUUCGCGAUUCUUCAUGCCGAAGAAGUUCGCAUUUCACUUUUUCUUUUGGGGGUUUCAUUGGGCGCUUUUUGCGAUAGGAUGGUGGAAGCAAGCAGGCGACGCUCGACUAGCACCUUUGAACGCUCUACAAUUCUCAGUAUGGAUCUCUCGAGGCGCUGGCCUUGUUUUGAGUGUCGACACAAUGGUCAUCGUUAUGCCUAUGUGCCGCAACAUCCUCCGUUGGCUUCGACCCAAGGCUAGAUGGCUACCCCUGGACGAGUCCCAAUGGUUCCACCGACAGGUCGCUUAUGCUAUGCUGUUCUUCACUGUCCUCCACACCUCAGCGCAUUACGUCAACUUCUUCAAUGUUGAACGAACACAAGUGCGACCGCAAAUAGCACUCCAGAUCCACUACACCGAAGCAGGUGGCAUCACUGGACACAUUAUGCUUCUCUGCAUGCUUCUAAUCUACACCACUGCCCACCACCGCAUUCGACAGCAAUCUUUCGAAACGUUUUGGUACACACACCAUCUAUUCAUCCCAUUUCUCCUCGGCAUGUACACACACGCAACGAGCUGUUUCGUCCGAGACACGGCACCUGCCUUCUCUCCAUUCGACAAGGACAACUUUUGGACCCACUGUAUUGGAUACGAGGGCUGGCGAUGGGAGCUUUUCGGAGGCGGUCUCUACCUCUUCGACCGCCUGUACCGCGAAAUUCGCUGCAGACGCCAAACUGAGAUCGUCAAGGUCGUCCGCCACCCCUACGAUGCUGUCGAGAUUCAGUUCACGAAGCCUAGCAUGAAGUACAAACCCGGACAAUGGUUGUUCCUCAACUGUCCCGAGGUCAGCUACCACCAGUGGCACCCCUUUACCAUUACGUCCUGCCCUCAUGACCCGUACAUCUCUGUCCAUGUUCGCCAGGUGGGCGACUUCACCCGCGCCCUCGCAGAUGCACUUGGUGCUGGACAGUCUCAGAGUAAGCUCUACGAUGAGCUCGACCCUAUGGGAAUGUACGAAAUUGCGCUUCAGCAUGGCCAGAAGAUGCCCGCUCUGCGCAUCGACGGUCCCUAUGGCGCACCCGCCGAAGAUGUCUUCGAGAACGAAGUGGCAGUUCUCAUCGGCACAGGUAUCGGUGUCACACCUUGGGCUUCCAUCCUCAAGUCCAUCUACCAUCUGCGUUUGUCCCCCAACCCUCCCAAGCGUCUGCGCCGUGUUGAAUUCAUCUGGGUUUGCAAAGAUACCUCGUCUUUCGAAUGGUUCCAGACUCUGCUCUCCUCUCUCGAAGCGCAGUCUGUUGGCGCCAGUGACGGCGACCAGUUCCUGCGCAUCCACACCUACCUAACGCAGAAGAUGGACGCGAACACCGCGCAAAAUAUCGUGCUCAACUCUGUCGGUACGGACAAAGACCCCCUCACGGAGCUCAAAAGCAGAACAAACUUCGGCCGUCCAGAUUUUCCGCGCUUGCUGUGUGGUAUGCGUGAUGGGCUGCUGGAUCGUACAUACAUGAACGGGCUUGAAGGUACGCUGAGGACAGACGUGGGUGUAUACUUCUGCGGGCCAAACGUUGCAGCGAGAGAUAUCAAGAAGGCGUGUAAAGAGGCGACAUGCCAGGAGGUUAACUUUAAGUUCUGGAAGGAACAUUUUUAGACAGCUAGUGUUGUCCUUGACACGAGAUGAAGGCGUUUGGUGUAUGACAUCCACCUUUUAAUGGAAUUAUGUCAACUCUUUCAAUCAUUCAACUUGUGCUGCUCUGAUAUGUACAGGGUCACGCGGGCUCUGCGGGACGCUUCAUGUUUGUAUCCC